AUGGCCCCCGACAUGAUAGAGGACGAGUGUUCCAAGGCCGUCCAUCACUUGCAUGAGCUUACUGCGGCGAAGCGACACUUGUGGACAAAUGAGAGCGUGGCUGUGACGGAUAGCCUGGAGCAGGAGCUCGACGCAGCCCUGGCCCUCUUCGCUGCCCUACUCGAGCAUCUUGCUCCAGGGAGACCCCUUGCCCCGGAGCUGAGCCUGGGCAUCAGGGACUCCUGGCGCGCCCUGGUGGACCUGACAUACUUCCAGCUGCACACCCGCCGUGACGACCUACUGCAGAGCCUCUUCUCCCCAAAGCACCUCGCCCCCUCAGCCGUCCAUCUCCUGCGCGUGCUGUCGCAUGCGGACGGCCUGAUGCUCACCGCCCUGGCUGAGUUGGAUGUGGCAAGGAUGAGGACGCUAUUCCAGGCUACCCAGGCCCAGCUGACUCAGCUCCGCGCCGACUACCUCUGCCGCACCCAGAUGCAGGCCAUCGUCAGGGCCACCGCGGUCCAGUUUGCACAGGGCAACGCCAAGGAUCCGCAGCUAUACUGCGCGGUACGCAGCGUGCGCGCCCAGCAUGCCCCCCGCGGCGACCCCACGUGUGCCACCUUCAUGGUGCAGUGA